AUGGCUUCGUCCGGCGACACCAAGAUCGAUGCGAUGAACAAGCAAGAGACUGGCGAUCUCUCCCCAGAGAGUAUAGAAGAGAAGAAUGGGCAGGUGGUCGAUCUUGCAGAUGGUUACACCCUUGAAGAGGAAAAGGAAGUCCUCCGAAAGAUUGACCUCGCCAUUCUGCCCAUGAUGUGCUUCGUCUUCUUCUUGCAAUAUUUGGACAAGCAAAGUCUAAGCUACGCCAGCGUGUUUGGCCUCAUCACCGACCUCAAUUUGACCAGUUCCCAAUACUCAUGGUGUUCCUCUAUUUUCUACGUUGGUCAACUGGUAUCUGAAUAUCCCUUCAUCUACUUGAUGAGCAGAUUCCACCUCACAAAGUUCGUCGGAGUCACCAUCGUCAUAUGGGGCAUUAUUUGCAUGUGUCUUGCAGCCCCGCACAACUACGCUGGCUUUGCUGCCGUUCGAUUCCUCCUGGGCUUCGCCGAAGGAGCUGUAUCUCCAGCGUUUAUCACGAUUACGAGUAUCUGGUAUCGAAGCAACGAGCACGCACUCCGAACAGCGCUCUGGAUCACCAUGAACGGCCUCGCCCAGACCUGCGGCUCCCUGCUGAUGUACGGCAUCGCCAAAAAUACUCACGCUCUUGCCCCGUGGAGAGUACUGUUCCUCAUCUGCGGAGCAAUCACUUCUGCCGCCGGUAUCUUCUUCUAUCUCUUCAUGCCCAAUGGCCCCAAGGAUGCGUGGUUCUUGAACGAGCGCCAAAAGCAAGUGCUGUCUAUGCGUAUGGCCAAGGACCGAGAAGGUGGCGAUAAGACCUCAUUUUCUAUGCAGCAGCUCAAGGAGGCUAUCUUCGACAAUAGGACCUGGUUUGUGUUUUGGUUCGGUGUUCUGGUGACCAUGCAAUCUCCUGUUCUUACGUUUGCUUCGCUCGUCAUCAACAGCAUUGGCUACGACAAGUACGAGACUAUGCUUUACACUGCUCCUUCAGGUGCUGUGCAAAUUGGAUUAUUGUGGAUUGGUGUCUGCGGUUGCAUGCUGUUCCCCAAGCAACGAAGUCUGGUAGCCCUUGUGCUCAUCCUACCGCCUCUUAUUGGCAACGUACUCCUUAUGAAGCUAUCCACUAGUGCCGGAUGGGGUAUGAUCGCUGCAUCGUGGAUUGCAUCAUGUAUCACCGCCGUCUGGUCUAUUCUUCUCUCCCUCACCGCAUCAAACGUCAAGGGAAAUACAAAACGCGCCAUAGUCAACGCUAUGUUCUUCAUCGGGUACUGUGCAGGAUGUAUCGGUGCACCGCAACUUUGGACCAAGAAGCCGCGAUACUUCAACGGUGUUGUCACAGCCAUUGUCACAUGGUGCUUGCUAUUCGUCGAGAUUGUUGUGUACAGAUACCUUUGCGCAAAAGACAACUCGAAGAGAGACGCUGCACUUUCUGGUGGACAGCAGAGGCAGAGCGAGGACGAGGUCGUUUUGGAUGCAGGUGGUGCUCCUGAGAGCGACUUGACGGACCAACAGGACAAACUUUUCAGAUACAGUAUCUGA